AGUUGGGAUGCAAUGAACCUGGGGAAUUGUGCAUUCGAGGUCCUAAUGUAAUGAAGGGGUAUUUAAAUAAUAAGGAAGCAACGGACGCUUCAUUUGAUAAAGAUGGAUUUUUCCAUACAGGGGAUGUCGUGACCAUCGAUAAUCAAGGGAACUUAUUCAUCGUUGAUCGUGUUAAAGAGUUAAUCAAAUAUAAGGGUUUCCAAGUUCCACCCGCAGAGCUAGAAGAAAUCUUAGUCUCACAUCCAGCAGUAGCGGAUGCCGCUGUAAUAGGCGUUAACUGCGAAGCCGACGCUACCGAAUACCCUUUGGCCUACGUUAAACUUUUGGAUGGCCACGAACAGUCACCGGACCUGUCUUAUGAAAUCAAAAAAUUUGUGUCUGAUCAAGUAGCGACGCAUAAACGAUUAAAAGGCGUAUUGUUUAUUGAUCAAAUACCCAAAAAUACAUCAGGAAAGAUAUUAAGAAGG